UUUGACUGGCAGUCGUUUAGCAACACAAUGAAUUUUAAAAACGUAACAUUCGCAAUCUUUUGCUGUUUAUUGGCUGGGUUUUCCCUGGCCUGGGGAGAUGAUAAAAGUGCGGCAGUCACUUUGUCCAGCAAUGCUUGUUUUCGAAGACCUAUCAGACAAAGAGGAUGCUGCCACAAUGGAAUAUAUAUUCCUGAAGGUCAAACGAAAACUGUAGCACCGUGCCAGUAUGGUAUGUGUACCAGAGGUAGAGUCAACAUAGCUAUUGCAGACUGUCCACCACUACAAUCGGGUUGCCGAUAUGAAUCCUCAAUGACGGAGUGUUGUAAAUUGAUUUGCGACGUUGGAUGUACGUACAAUGGAAUAUUGAUUGCUGAAGGUGAAACUAAAACGAUAGCACCUUGCGAAUUUGCCACUUGUAUCAAUGGUGAACUGGGAAUAAUGGUCGCAGACUGCGCAGCGCCUGAAGAGGGAUGCCGAAUGGAAUCUACAAUGGAGCACUGCUGUAAGAAGAUAUGCGACGUUGGAUGCACGCACAAUGGAAUACUAAUUCCAGAAGGUGAAACUAAAACGGUAGCACCUUGCGAAUUCGCCUCAUGCCUCAAUGGAGAACUCGCAAUAAUGGUCGCAGAUUGUCCACCACAUGAAGGGGGAUGCCGAUAUGAAUCCACAAUGGAGUACUGCUGUAAAAAGAUUUGCGACGUUGGAUGUAAGUACAAUGGAACGAUCAUUCCUGAAGGUGAAACUCUUAAGAUAGCUCCUUGCAAAUUUGCCACUUGUAUGAAUGGUGAAAUCGGAAUAGCGAUCCAAGAUUGUGCACGACCACGAGAGGGAUGCCGAUAUGAACCCACUAUCGAGGAAUGCUGUAAUAUGAUUUGUGACGAUGGAUGUAUGUACUUUGGAGAAUUCAUUCCAGAAGGUCAAACACUUACUGUAGCCCCUUGUCAAUAUGCCACGUGUUUGAAUGGUGAAGUCGAACUAGCGGUCGCAAGUUGUCCACGACCUCAACUGGGAUGCCGAUAUGAAUCCACACUGGAGGAAUGCUGUAAAACGAUAUGUGACGAAAUUAUCAUAGCACCGGACGUUGAAUGAGUGUCACCUAAGUAAAUAAUUUUAUUAUUAUUUUGUGUGCACAGACGCAUUUGGAACAUUAAAAAGCAAAAUUUAUUUGAA